CCCCGCCCUCCCUCGCCGUGCGGGGCUUCCGGCGGCGUUAGGCGCGGCGGCGCGGGGGGCUCCGCCCUGCGGACGGGAUGGCUGUCUACACAAAUAUACUGCAUCUUAAGUACAGUUGAAUUGUUACAUAAAUUAAAAUAUUUCCCUUAUCAGAAUUGAAAUGCUUUCAAUGGGGACUUCUGCUUCUGAUGCCUUGACUCUUCUGAAGACUUACUUUGUUGCGUGGCUUAAAAGAAGAUGAUACUGUUAAUGAAUUGUGAACAUCCUUCAAGAGGCUGGCGACCCUUGAGUGGUUGGUUAAUGCUGUCAUGGACAACUUCAAAGGCUCUAUUUCAAAACACCACAAGCUGUUAUUGCACCUUAUAAAGGACUCCUGACCUUUUGCAUCUUCAUGAGUCAUAUCUAGAUGCCACCAGUGUUUCCCAUGUUAACAGUUCUGAGCAUGUUUUACUAUAUGUGCCUUCGGCGCCGAGCUAGGACAGCUACAAGAGGGGAGAUGAACAGCCGGAGGGCUAUUGAAUCAAACACCCGAGCCUUACCUAUCAAUGUUGAGAUAGUUCAGUAUGCCAAAGAAGUGUUGGAUUUCAGCUCUCAUUAUGGUAGUGAAAACAGCAUGUCUUAUACCAUGUGGAAUCUGGCAGGUAUUCCAAACGUGUACCCUAGCUCUGGUGACUUUACUCAGACUGCCGUGUUUCGAACUUAUGGGACCUGGUGGGAUCACUGCCCUAGUGCUCGGCUGCCGUUCAAGAGGACUCCAACCACCUUCUGUAGCCAGGACUAUGUGGAACUUGCUUUUGAGGAGCCGGUGUAUCCCACUGCAGUGCACAUUCUGGAAACGUAUCAUCCUGGAGCUGUAGUUAGGAUUUUGGCGUGUUCUGCCAAUCCUUAUUCACAAAAUCCACCAGCUGAAGUAAGGUGGGAAGUCCUCUGGUCUGAGGCACCUACAAAAGUGAAUGGUCCCCAGGCUCGGCAAUUCACACCUAGUAUCAAACAAAUCAACUUUCCCACAAACCUAAUUCGGCUGGAAGUGAACAGUUCUCUUCUGGACUAUUACACUGAAUUAGAUGCAGUAGUACUGCAUGGUGUGAAAGAGAGACCUGUGCUCUCACUUAAGGCUUCAAUGAUUGAUAUGAAUGAUAUUGAUGAAGAUGAGGAUGAAGAGAAGUAUGGCUGUGGAAUGGACACCCUUAAUAAACAGUUCAGCAUUGUUGCCCUCAGAGAAUGGCCAAGCAAUGGAUACUUUGAUAAGCUGCCUUAUGAGCUCAUCCAGUUGAUUUUGAGUCACCUUACAGUACCAGACCUGUGUAGACUAGCACAAACCUGUAAGCUGCUGUAUCAACAUUGCUGUGAUCCUCUGCAGUACAUUCAUCUCAGUUUACAACCUUAUUGGGCAAGAAUUAAUGACACAUCUCUGGAGCACCUACAGUCUCGCUGCACUCUCAUCCAGUGGCUGAAUUUAUCUUGGACUGGAAACAGGGGGGCCAUCUCUGUUUCUGGAUUUAGCAGGUUCUUGAAAGUUUGUGGCUCUGAACUUGUACGUCUUGAGUUGUCUUGUGGCCAUUUCCUCAAUGAAACAUGUUUGGAGGUCAUUACUGAAAUGUGUCCUAAUCUUCAGGAAUUAAAUCUCUCAUCAUGUGAUAAGAUACCACCUCAAGCUUUCAACCACAUAGCCAAAGUGGGCAGCCUAAAGCGUCUCAUUCUUUACCGAACCAAAGUGGAGCAAACAGCCCUGCUCAGUAUCCUGAACUUCUGCUCAGAGCUUCAACACCUCAGCCUGGGCAGCUGUGUCAUGAUUGAAGACUAUGAUCUUAUAGCAAGCAUGAUGGGAGCAAAAUGCAAAAAGCUUCGCAGUCUGGAUCUGUGGAGAUGUAAAAACAUAACUGAAAAUGGAAUAGCAGAGUUGGCUUCAGGCUGCCAGCUUUUGGAAGAACUUGAUCUCGGCUGGUGCCCCACGUUACAGAGCAGUACGGGAUGUUUCACAAACCUUGCGCGUAAACUCCCGAACCUGCAAAAGCUCUUUCUUACGGCCAACAGGUCUGUGUGUGACACAGACAUUGAAGAGCUCGCAGCUAACUGUACUCAUUUACGGCAGCUAGAUAUAUUGGGAACGAGGAUGGUAAGCCCAGCAUCUUUAAGAAAACUGUUGGAGUCUUGUAAAGAUCUUUCUUUACUCGAUGUGUCCUUCUGUUCACAGAUUGAUAACAGAGUUGUCCUAGAACUGAAUGCCAACUUUCCUAAUGUGUUCAUAAAGAAGAGUUUCACCCAGUGACUCACUACAUAUGCUGCUAUGGAAUUCCUUUGACAGUUAUUUCCUGUGAAUUUGUGCUGAUUUUUUUUAUGAAGAGUUCCUAUGAAAUAGUGGAUUAUAUUAAUUAUUUGCACAAAUGGGUAAAAUACAUUUUAAAUUUAAAUAUAUUAUGCAUUUCCUAGAGCUGAUAUUGUACCUAAUAAUUGUUUUACUCUGUUAAUUGGUGGCACUGCAUGUUUUUAAAUACUAGCCAUAUGUAUGGCUUUAAUGGCAAGAAAAUGAAAAACAUCUUACGUGUCCCUUUAUAGGGUGUUAUACCCAGCAAACAUGUUAAUAUCUAGAUAAAUGAAAAUGUUGAAUAUUUACCAGUAAGAAAAAAAAAAAAAGGGUGCUUCCUUUUUUAUUUAUAUGUAUAUGUGUGUAUGUGUAUAUAAAUGUGUACAGAUCUACAUGCACACUUAUGGUAGCAUUUUAAUUUGGUCUGCAGCAUAACAUCUUAUGAUCAGGUCUACAAUUAGUUGUUUUAAAAACUGUUUGAGCUUCAUUAAGAAUAGAUUGGAAAGAUAGGUUUUCUUUUUUUUUUUUGUGGCAAUGAACUGCAUCUGAUAGAUUUUGAUCCCCUCCUCCAUCUGAAAUAGAUGUAGUGAUGUUUUACAGUCCAGCCUAAAUGACACAACAGAUAAAUUCAAGAACCUUCCACCUGAACUCGUAGCAGAAAUGAAAGAGAAAAUUGCCAGCUGCUUCUUGGUGUUGGAUAUAAAGUUUGAGCUGUACACAGUGUCCAUAACUAAUGUAUAGAAAAUUCCAGACCAAUUUUCUUUACACAGUCAAGAUGGCUGGUUUGUAUACAUCUAAUUAUCUUGCACAGUAUGUAAAAUCUAGUACUUAAGUUAAUGCAUUAGCAAAUGUCCCUUGCACAGGAAUAAAAUCUGUCAAGUAGUAAGAACAAGUAGUAAAGUAGUAAAACAGCAAUGAAAAUACAGUCGUUUUGGAAGGAGAGCAAUGUGUUUUGGUGAUUUUGUAGUCUAAGGUAUUGGAUUGGGUUUUUUUGUGUUUUCUUCUUUCCCAGAGGUGAGAGCUCUAAGUAGUGUUGUACUCUCUUCAGCACUGUUGAAAUGUUGAAGAAGGAAAACUGUUGAUGAACUAUUUACAGGGUUUCUUCCUUUUGCACUUCUUUGGAUGAAGCUUUUCUCUUUUUUUCUUUAAUACCUCUGCUAGAAUAUGUUGCUGUGUACAUCAAGAAUUGAGGGGUUUUUUUACCUACUUAGCUAUUACUGAUGAAUACGGAUCAUGAAAUGCAGCUUGUCAUUUGAUAUUGGCUCCACUGUUACUGCUGCGAUGGCACUUACUACCUACUGGAAGAAGAGGGAAAAUACUCAUCUGGCAGAAAUACAUUAUUGCACUGAAGACCACUGGCAAAGAAUACUUCAUUUCACGCAGUAAAAAACCAUCCAGUGGUAGAGGACUGCUACGAAUUGUUAAAGAUUUGACAAUCUCUGCAACUCCUGAAUGAACACUCUGAACUCUUGUGCAGGUGCCAAUACUUUUCAAACUGUGUCACAAAACAACUAGAAACCCGUAUCUGAUUUUUAUAAAAAGACCUCAUUCUUUUGAUUUUUCUAGUGUUACAGAAUCUUUUGGGAAUUCCAGAUCCAAAGGGCAGUGCACAGUUGGCUUCUUGUUUUAUUUUUUUUCCUCUGCACAGAUGGCACUAUGGGAUUUCCAGCCAUAUCCAUUCCACUUUUUUUUUGUUUGUUUGUUUUUAGUAACCUGGACAUUGUCAGAGAACUUUAAAUUCAGGUUUUGUUUUCCCCACUGACAGACGUCAACUUUCACAUGAUUCUAUAUGAAACCUCAUUUCUUUCAAUCAGGUUUAGGUUGAUUUACUUUUCUGGGAACUUUUAAUAUAUAUAUUUUUUAUCUCUAAGUAAUAUUUUUCAUUGUAAUUUAAUACUGAAGGUUAUUGUCCUAUCUGUAGAAGAAUACAGGCUUGGAUAAUGGGACUUUAGAAAGAACAGUAUUUUUUUUUAAAUGUUUUUGUUGAAAAAUUUCACUUCUCAGGGUGCAUCUGUGUUUAUCUUUUUUGUUUUUCUUAAGAGAUCUUUUUUUCCACUGUAAAUAGGAUGGGAUACGGAUGAAGUGAUAUCCAUUGUGCCUUUAAACUGGUAAACUAAAUAGUAUGGAGUCAUUGCUGUAGCAUCAGUGAAUCAAAUAAGUGUUUUUGUAAUCAUGUAUGUGUGAAGGAUUUCAUUCUCUAUUGCUUUUUAGGUGGUAUAAAGGAGGUUUAAAUUGACAUUUAGUUGUUCAUACUAAGGGAUUUUUUUUUUUCUGUUGUGCCUUCUGUUUGAAGCUGGUUUUAUCAGAAGUUCUCUAAUGUAACUUGAAAGAUAAAUUGAAAUCUAGUCUUUAUUUGGGUUAUUUAAAACUUGGCUGUUGCUAAUGUAAUUAAUGCAAAUAGCUGAGAAAUAAUUGGGAAAGACUUUCAUCUAUAAUUGUACACUUUAACCUUCAGUCAGUGGGUAAAAAUCUUUUAGCUAUGGCUUUAUACCUCCAAGAUGUCUUCCAGCAAAGCGAGGAAAGACUGGACUUCAUAUUUCUGAUAUUUCCAAGAUAAGAAAAUGAGAUACUUUUAGACCUUCCUUAUGUCACAAUGAAGCAAACGUAAGUUGCUGUAUUUUGUAGUUGUUUUAUACUUUGGUGUGUAUAUAUGUACACACAUAUGUACAUUUAUAUAUACACUUACGUAUAAAUCUCAACAUUUUUCAUGCAAGAAUUACUGUAGCGAAGUACACAUAACAGCAGAAGGUGUUUUCUAGCAGCUGUGUUUUAAAAUGUUGUUCUACAGCUGAUGGAGAGGACUGCGUUUCUCUCCAUCUGUGCAACAGGAAAAGCCUGGGGCCUGGGCAGUACAGGUGUGCUGGAUUUCCUGUGUUGCUUUGCCAAAGUGCCUUUUGUUUGUCUACAGGUGAGAGAUAUUACAAAGUAUGGUAGAGUGUGAAUGCAAAGUCCGAUAACUACUGUGGUCUCUCUCCAUGUGAAGUGGUCAUAUAGAGGGAAAUUUGUUUUAGUUUCAUUUAAUCCAAAGUGAAUGAUGCCAAUUGUUCUGGAACUGACUGGUCUUUUCCAACGGUCAACCAUCCCUCGGUCACAUUAUCUAAAUUCUGCUUUUAAGAGUACUCCACUUUUUUUAAUCUUGUCUUUUGAUGUUGUCUAUCUUUCCUAAUCACUGUAAAAGGUGUUUUGGCAAUGAAUGUUAAAAAAUGCAUUGCUAAAAUGCCUUUAAAAAAAAAAAAGUGACAUGCUGUGAAGUUCUCCUGUUCUUAAAUUAAAGGGGGAUUUGCUGUAGUGUAUGAAUGAAGUUGGCAUGAGCUGUCAUACAGGGAGAUAAGUCAUUCAUUCUGGUCAUGUUUAAUGUCUAUGGGAAUUUUACCAUUUAAAACAUCUUCCCAAAUUUUGAUGUUCCUAAUUCAGUGGUGUACUUGUAUUCAUAAUCAUGAAUUGUUUUGGUAGACUAAAUAGCUUUCUGGACAUGGAUGAAGUUGCUUAUGUUUAAAUUAUGCACUUGAUUGAGUACAUUAGUGUGCAGGACUUGUGCAGAAGAGCAACUUUUCACAGCAGUUUGGAACUUUUAAUCCCUAUGUACUUAGAGAUCCGAAUUUGAGACCGAAAGAACCCCAACAAAAUAGGGGAAGCUCUUGUAUUUCUUGCCCAAUUGUUAGAGCUCUUAUGUCAUCCUUUCCAGAUAUAAGCUGUCCAGUAAUCAUGGUACAUAGUGAGUGGAACACAGUGAGUGCUUUUUCUCUGAAAGUUAGACAUCUGGUUUAAGUGAGGAAUCUGGGCACCUCUAGAGAGCUAUUAAUCUCCUCCUUAGAAGUUUGAGGAAAGUCAAAUGAAUCGUUUCCUGGGGCCUCCCUGAGGAGGCUCUGGAAGCUGUGAUUUAGCUCAGGUUAGAUACUUUGCUUUAGAAUACUAACUUGAGGUUAAUUCCUUUCAGCAUUGUACUACCAGCCUUGGAAUAGCAAAAAAAAAAUAAAUAAAAAUAAAAAAUCAAAACUAGAACAACAUCCAUCCCCAAAUGUCACAACUUUCGAAAAUCUAUCCAGAAGGAAGCAAAUUAAGGAGAAAAGCUGACUUGAAAAGUCUUGUCUUUAUAAUGCCAAGAACUGCUUCUAUUCUUGAGUCCCUUGCCAGUGUCCAGGGUGUCUGUUUCUUAAAUUGAAAUGCAUCCCCUUUCUCUAUUUUAAAACAUCAUCUACCUACCUAUCUGGCUAUAUGUAUAGUUCUGUAAAUGCAUGAGAUUAACUGGAAAACAUAAUUAAUAUAUUGCAGUUAUUUUUAUAAUCUUUCAUAUUGCUGUAAUUAAGACUAUGACUACUUUAAGUGCUCUCCUGUCAUCAGAAAUGUUACCCACUGUGCACUUGCAAAAUUGUGUGUUUAGUCCUAAUUUAUACUGUGUGUACUUAUUGCAUCUUAUGGGAUAUGUUUCACACGUGAAAUCUGCAGGACUGCUAAUUUACAAAAACUAGAUAAAAUGUAGCAUUUUCUUCUAUGGAGCUUGAGAGUGGCUUUAUGCAUUGAUUUCCAUGUUCAUUAUUACUCUUUUGCAAUGAUUCCAUAUGUUGUAGCUUUUGAUAUUGCUAGGCUAAAGAUUCCUGGUUUAAUGCAUCUGUACAUGCUGUGUUAGCCACAGUCAACAUUUUUCCAAAAUAAAAGUGUUUGUCUUUCACUGA